AUGAACCAGACAUCCCGGACCGACGAGCCGUACGAGGGCGACGACGGCUUCAACCAGAGCCCCAACGCCCUGUCCAACGACCUGGCCACGAACCAGGACCUGAACGGCAUCGCCAACGCGCGCACCCGCCGGCCCUCGGCGGACGACUGGGUCCUCGACGGCUCCGGUCAGGCCAUUGCAGAGCUUGAUCCGCCCACGCCGGAGCCCGACCGCCGCCCCGGCGCCGGGGGCGCGCGAAACCUGGCCGACGCCGCGCACGGUGGUGGUGCGCCGGCCGGCCAGUCAUCCGGGGUGCUGGGGACGACAACGGCUGCGGCUACGGCAGCGGCCAAGUCCUCGGCCCGGGUGUUCCGCGACGACCUCCGGCAGAGCAGCAGCUCGCCCGGCGCGGUGCCCUCGGCGGCGCCGUCCCGGGAUGGGGGGAGUCACCUUGCUAGGCUCAAGCGGGUUGUCCUGACUUUUGGGAAAUUCGUUGGGCCCGGAUUCUUGGUGUCGGUGGCUUACAUCGACCCUGGAAACUACGCCACUGAUAUUGCGGCUGGUGCCUCGUAUCAGUUUCGGCUGCUGUUCGUGGUUCUCAUGAGCAACCUGUUCGCCAUCCUACUGCAGAGCCUGUCGAUCAAGCUGGGGACCGUUACGGGACUCAACCUGGCGGAGGCUAACCGGGCGUUCUUGCCCAGAUGGCUGAACUACUUCCUGUACGGUAUGGCAGAGAUUGCCAUUAUUGCUACCGAUAUCGCCGAGGUCAUUGGUACGGCUAUAGCUCUGAAUCUUCUCAUCCCGCAGCUACCCCUGGUGGCGGGAUGUGCCAUUUCCAUCCUGGAUGUCAUGCUUCUUCUGCUAUUUUACCGUCCGCAGGGCUCCAUGAAGGCGCUUCGCUCUUUCGAGUUCUUCGUCAUGCUCCUUGUAAUCGCUGUGGUGGUCUGUUUCUGUAUCGAGUUGUCGCAUAUCGAAAAUACCACCGUCGGCCAGGUGUUCAAGGGAUACCUGCCGAACGACGCAGUCAUUCAGGGGGAGGGCUUGUACCAGGCCUGCGGUAUUCUAGGCGCCACUGUGAUGCCGCACUCCCUCUACCUCGGAUCCGGCCUGCCGCAACGCCGCCUUCUGGACUAUGACGAGCGAAAUGGCCUUCUUCCCGAGGAGACACCAACAGGUGGUGCAAGUCUCAGCGACGGCAAGGCGGGCGACAAGAUCUUCUAUGUCCCAUCCAUGAAGGCCAUCAAGCACUGCCUGAAGUACUCGUACGCCGAGCUAGCCAUCUCGCUCUUCACCUUCGCGCUCUUCGUCAACAGCGCCAUCCUCAUCGUCGCCGGCGCCUCCCUGUACGAGAACACCGAGGCCCUCGACGCCGACAUCUUCGGCAUCCACGCCCUGCUAACCUCGAGCCUGGGCACUGCGGCUGGCACCGUUUUCGCGCUGGCGCUGCUGUUCUCAGGCGUGUCGGCUGGCAUCGUGUGCACCAUCUCGGGCCAGAUGGUCUGCGAGGGCGCGCUCAAGUGGCGCAUGCAGCCCUGGCUGCGACGCCUGAUCACGCGCAGCAUCAGCAUCACUCCCUCUAUCAUCAUCGCCGGCGCCGCCGGUCGCGAAAAGUUGAGCGCCGCGCUCAACGGCAGCCAGGUCGCCCUGAGCAUCGUGCUACCCUUCGUCAGCGCCCCGCUCAUCUACUACACCUGCCUGGACAAGUUCAUGACCGUCCAGCCCGGCCUCGCCCGGUUCUACCAGGAGGGCAGCACCGACGACUCCUUCUGCGUGCCGGGCGGGCAGGUCGCUGCUGCCGGGGACGGCAAUGACGAGGCGCGCGCCGAGGGCGGCGUGGCGGCGGCGCUGCCGUUCGUCCGCAUGGGCAACGACUGGUGGGUCUGCGCCCUCGCCAUCUUGAUCUGGCUGGUCAUUGCCAUCAUGAACGUGGCAAACCUGGUCCUAUUAGGCCUGGGCAAAUAG